UCAGUUUUCCUCGGCAGCUCCACGCUUGUCUUUGACAGUGAGCUGAACCUUGCUAGCUGUCGCGCGCUGUAAUUCCCCCAGCCAUUCACACUAAGCAGCUAGCCGGGUCGGUGAGCUCAUUUGACACGAGCAGUCAACCCCAGGGACGGUUAGCUUCAGCACGGGGCUCGCUUUUGUGUGUUAGCCGACACAAGGGACGCGACCAAGAUGUCUAAGGACACGGAAGGGAAGAGCGAGAAGAUUAUGGAUAUGGAGAGCAAGGUGUUGUGGUACCCGGACUCCAAGAGGAACACACAGAUGGACAAGUUCAGGAUACAGGUCAACGGGGACUAUGGACUUAAUCUGGUCAACUACAAUGACCUGUACCAGUGGUCGGUGGACAACUACCCAGAUUUCUGGGCAGAGGUGUGGCGCUUCUGUGGAGUCGUCAGCUCCAAAGCAUAUGAAGAGGUGGUGGACGUAACCAAACGGAUCUCGGAUGUUCCAGAGUGGUUUAAAGGAGCUCGGCUCAACUACGCUGAGAACUUGCUCAAACAUGCUGACCAGGACAAAGUAGCUCUCUAUGCUGCGACGGAGGCAAAUGAUGAGAUUGUGAAGGUGACGUUUGGGGAGCUGAGGCGCGAUGUGGCGCUGUUUGCUGCCGCCAUGAGGAAGAUGGGCGUCCAGACUGGAGACAGGGUCGUAGGCUACCUGCCCAAUGGUAUCCAUGCAUUGGAGGCUAUGUUAGCAGCAGCCAGCAUCGGAGCCAUUUGGAGCUCCACGUCUGUCGACUUUGGAGUCAACGGUGUUCUUGACAGGUUUUCUCAAAUCCAGCCCAAGCUGAUCUUCUCUGUUGCUGCUGUGGUUUACAACGGCAAAACACAUGACCACAUGGAAAAGCUGACUAGUGUUGUCAAAGGUCUGCCUGACCUGCAGAAAAUAGUGGUGAUUCCCUACGCUCGCUCCAAACACGAGACCGACCUCUCCAACAUCCCCAACAGUGUAUUUAUAGAUGAUUUUUUGGCAUCUGGUCGUGGUGAGGGCGACCAGUUUCCUCAGCUGGAGUUCGAGCAGCUUCCAUUCAAUCAUCCUCUGUUCAUCAUGUACUCCUCUGGCACCACAGGAGCUCCUAAAUGUAUGGUCCACUCCGCUGGGGGCACGCUCAUCCAACACUUGAAAGAACACAUCCUCCAUGGCAAUAUGACCAGCAGUGAUGUCAUCAUUUACUACACCACGACCGGCUGGAUGAUGUGGAACUGGCUGGUGUCUGCUCUGGCAGUGGGAGCCUCAGUGGUUUUAUAUGACGGUUCACCACUAAUGCCCACACCCAAUGUACUGUGGAACCUGACAGACCAGCUGGGCAUCACCAUCUUUGGUACCGGGGCCAAGUGGCUGUCUGUGCUGCAGGAGAGGAACCUGAAACCCUCGGAAACACACAACCUCCAGUCUCUCCACACCAUCCUGUCCACUGGAUCUCCUCUCAAACCUCAGAGCUACGACUACGUCUACCGCUGCAUCAAGAGCAAUGUGCUGCUGGGCUCCAUCUCAGGCGGCACUGACAUAGUGUCAUGUUUCAUGGGUCAGAACCCAACAGUUCCAGUGUAUCGGGGCGAGAUCCAAACAAGAAACCUUGGCAUGGCUGUGGAAGCCUGGAGUCUUGACGGUAAGCCUGUAUGGGGAGAGAGCGGGGAGCUAGUGUGCUUGAAACCAAUCCCCUGCCAGCCAACACACUUCUGGAAUGACGAGAAUGGGGGCAAAUACCACAAAGCAUACUUUUCUACAUAUCCUGGGGUGUGGGCCCAUGGAGACUACUGUAAAAUCAACGCAAAGACAGGAGGCAUUGUCAUGCUGGGCAGAAGUGAUGGUACACUGAACCCCAACGGAGUCCGAUUUGGCAGCUCUGAGAUCUACAACAUUGUGGAGGCAUUCGAGGAUGUGACAGACAGUCUCUGCGUUCCUCAGUACAAUGCCGAUGGAGAGGAGCGCGUUAUUUUGUUCUUAAAAAUGGCACCCGGUAAGCCCUUCAGUCCGGAGCUGGUGGCAAAGAUUAAAGGAGCCAUUAGAAAAGCCCUGUCUGCCCGACACGUCCCUGCUCUGCUGCUGGAGACCAGAGACAUUCCUUACACCAUCAGCGGGAAGAAGGUGGAGGUGGCUGUGAAGCAGGUGAUUGCCGGCCGGGAGGUGGCGCAAAGAGGAGCUUUCUCCAACCCUGAUUCGCUGGACCUCUACAAGAACAUUCCUGAACUGCAGAACUAUUAGAGAUGAGCUGGAGAGAGGACCACCUCAGAAGAUCUUAGUUUUUAAAUUAACUUUAUUCAAAUUUACAGGAACAGGGAGAUGUGCAAGGUGCAUUACAGGGGUAGUUUACAAAAGCCCCAUUCGCACAGGACUAGUUAUACCUGGGGACCUCGAGCAAUUUGUAGUAAUUGCGGAGGUGGUUUGUGAUCUUAAUCCCUUGCAAAUCUGCCAUGUCCGUAGUUUGUCAAGAAAAAAUUCGACUUUACUUUAUCGAAUCUCACUAAACACAGAGGUCAUGUAGAAAUACUAGUCCCGUGUGAAUUGGCAUUGGGUGACUUGGGAUUUAUUUGUCUUUUCUGCCUCUUUCCUGGUUGAAAAUUAUGAAGGCUGUGUUGGCAAAUAUAAAUGAAUGUUUUGAAAGCGUUUUGGCCGAAGGAGGCUGAUCUUGCUACACAGCAUGGACACCCAUUGACAGAAAGUGAAGCUUAAAUCCAUCAGAAGAGAGAAAACUCAAAAGAUGACUCACAUUUUAAAGGACAGGAAAAAGAGGUUAACAUGGUGUAUCUCUGCUAGUGGUGCUGUGUAGGUUUUCUGUGUUGUGUAGAGCAGUGGUUCCCAACUGGUCCAGCCAUGGGGUCCAGAUUUCUCCAUAGUCAUCAGUUCAAGGUCCACACAGUUAAAGAUAUUUAGCGUCAUACUUGCGUUUGGCCAUGUGGUCGAGCUAGUUUGCUGUCUCUGUCAAUAGCUAUGAACUCUGCGGGAAACAGCACUUUGAAAUAAAAGAUCUGUGCCACAAAUUCACCAUACUUAAAGAUAAAGUGUGUUUUUUACAACUUUGACACGUUAGUGAGUCACUUGCGGCCCGUUGAGAAUGGACCCAUGACCCACUUUUGGGUCACGACCCAUCAGUUGGGAACCACUGGAGUAGAGUGUAGUCACAAAUGACUGUGUGCAUCAUAUUUAGGGGGAUAUGUCAGCAAAUGUGAGAGAAAUACAGACUUUGCUUAUCCUGUGUUAAUGUGCGGCACGAAACACAGGCUUUUGGGGAAGGGGUAAUUAUUAAAAUCACGAGGUCCCCUGUUUAUACUAGUCCCAAGCAAAUACGGUUAAAGGCACCUUUGUUCAGAGCAUAUAAAAGGAAAAGACUGUGUACGUCAAAAUAAUACAAAAAUUGUAUAAAUAAUAUGUAAAUAUAAUAAUAAGUGUUUGGUAUGAGGCAGACAAGAGACUUUAAAAAUGUGUUGCUCCAUCGGCUAGCUUUCAGUCAUGUGAUCAAGCAGCUGCUCUCAGUGAAUGUUGAACUGGAUUCAGCUUUGGGUAUAAUAUGAUGUGCACAGCGGCGCUUGUGAAUAAGCUCACGCUCUGAAGUCACCAAUAAUGGAGAAGUGUAAUUCAGCAUCAAGCGCUUUGCUUUGGCUUCACAGUCUGAUCGCUAUCAGCCAGUGAAGAACCAUAUCUCUCUGUGUCACCUGCUUUAACAUCAGCGUCGCCUCUGAGUGUGUCCCAGAAUUGAAAAUCCGUGGGAGUGUGCAGACAAACACACAACACAAACACCUGGGAUUAACACCUCAGUUCCGACUCGUAUCAUUGUUACAAUAUGUGGCGGGUAUUGCUUUAUCAAAUGUGUAUAUAUUUGAAUAUAUAUUUUUUGGACUGUGAAAUUACGUUAACAUUCUAAUUAUGCAUUUAAAGAUAGUGACCCAGACCUGUUAACCAAAGUCAGUCUCGGAUGAAGAGGGUUGUAGUUUGGAUAAAUGAAGAAGAUAAAACUUACUGAACUUCUACCAACCUAAAACGUUUUUGAUCUCUUGUGUAUUACAUGCUCAAAUCCUAACAAUCGACUUUGUAACCAUUGACUCUUAUUGCAUUCCACCCAAGAUAUCAAGGCAUGAAUUGAUGAAGCUCUACAAGCGAAAGUUUUUCAUUGGCCGUCAUUUAUCCAGCUAAACGAGUCAGUAAAGGUCAAGUGUGAUCUGAAACUGAGCAAAGGUUCAUUUCACCACAGAAGCCUGUAUUUAUUCGUUCCAUGUCUGUGUUCCAUGUUCAUGUGUCAUGACUCUAAGACAAAUGUUUCUCUUCAAAUAGUUCCUGUUUCUGUUUUUUGUCACGAGUAGCAAUACUGAGCAACAUGGGUGUAUGAUAGCAAAAAUCACCUGGGUUUCAAUUCCUGUUGGAGAAAAAAAAACAGACCUGAAAGUGUAACAAUAACAGAUAUAAAUGUCAGAGAUGCAUUUGAUCUUUGGAGCUGCAGAAAGUAUUUUAUACUGAUUUUUGUGGUUGUGGCUUGUUGUGGUUUUAAGGAUUCUUCUUAUCUGGCAUUUGUUUCAGUCUUUGUCACUUGUUUCAGAUUGUUUAAAGGUUUGAAUGUAUGCAAGUCAACUGGAAAAUUCUGAAGUUCAUCUUUAACUUCAUUUUCACUGCUUAGAUUUAAUAUAUUUCUUCUUUAAAGGUACCCUGUGAAAUUUUUGACCACUUCCCUUUCUGCCAAUAGUGUCGCACUAUUCCAGUGAUUGACAGGUGGCAGUAAAUUGCCAAGAAAAGUAGCAAUGCACCAGCAAAAUGCAAGGACGUGGAAAAGUGCUAGCUAGCAAAUACAGUUGUAAACAAUGCAGGGUUCAAAUGAAAAUAAAUCAGACUUUCUAAUACCUCA